AUGCACACGUGUACGUUCGUGUGUGUGCGAGUUAGUGCACAUGACUUGAAUGAUGAGGAUGAUAACGAAGAAGAUGACGACCGUAACGGCACUCAUGAUAACGCCGAUGAGAACGAUCCAACGAAACCCGACAAAACAUCUGAACAACAUUCCCCGGCAGCAUCAUCAUCAGCAUUGUCGCCAUGUUAUCGAAGAAUGUGCAACGUGGAUGAUCUGAUGAGUAAGAUUGAGAUGAAACUGAACGGCCGAGCAGAUUAUGAAGCCAUCAAACGUGCCAUCUUGUUGCCUAGGGCGGCAAUAGCCAGUCACAAAGAGCCUCCAUCUUCUCCUAUCUUUUGUCAUAUUUCCGACUUCUACGAUGUUUGUGUUAUUUAUUUUGAAGUCUUCUUUGAUAUUACUAGUACUAAAACUAAUACUGCCACUUCCACUACUGCUGCUACCGCAACUAACGGUGUCCCUACUCCUCCAAAGUAUGGCAAGCGGUGUGUUGCAAAAGAGUAA